CAAACUGGCACAGAUAUUUUUGAGUGGAAGGCUCAUAUUGCUCGCUCUGUAAACCAGGAAGCAGCAAAGCAAGAUCAGCUGAAGACGAUAAGUACUAAUCAGAACUGUGCACUGGUAAUAAUGGACUGGGCAAUGAAGUUCCUUCAGCUUAAAUAUCGUGAGAAGCAGUCAGAUUGGUUUGGAAAGAGAGGAUUGAGUUGGCACAUCUCCACGGUGAUCACAUGUGAUCCAAACCUUGAAGGUAGACUAGAACGGCGGUCGUAUGCCCCUCUGUUUGACGCAUGCCAGCAGGACUGGUUCGCUGUGUGUUCCAUCACAGAAAGCACACUGAGAGAAAUUAAGACCGAAAAGCCUCACAUCACCUGGGUUUAUCUGCGGUCAGAUGAAGCUGGCUGUUAUCAUAAUAACCCCCUCAUUGCAGCAGCAAGAGGAAUUGGUAAGCGGGUUGGUUUAGAAGUUUGUCGGUACGACUUUUCAGAGCCACAAUAUGGCAAGGAUGUAUGUAAUAAAAUUCUGUGUCUGAUGAAAACAUGCAUCCGACGUUUCUGCAACGAAGCACACGACAUUCUAUCAGCGGGAGACAUGAGGAGGGCACUUUCUGAAAGACCAGUGAAAGGUACAUCCGCAUGCUUUUGCGAAGUUGACGAGGCGAAGAUAACCCUAGAAGUGAACAAGAUAGAUGGUUUUAGCAAGCUUCACAAUGUCCAGUUUGAGGAGAAAGGUAUUCGUGUGUGGAGGUCGUACCGAAUAGGGAGCGGCAAGGAAAUCUCUUUUGACCAGCUGGUGUUAAAGGGCCAAGGGGACACUGGUAUCGUUGUUAGUGAAAAAAUUUUCCCUCUUCAUGAUGCACGUGUUUAUCAAUGCUCAGAUCCUGUAACAGAGAGUUCAGAAGAAGAGAAUGAAUGGGACGAUUCGAAUAUAAGCAUGUUUGAAUGUUCCGAACCUGGAUGCGUGAAGAGUUUCGAAACAUUUUCAGAGCUCGAGUCACAUUUGGACGUAGGGGAUCAUUGCGUCAAAGAUGAAAGGCCGUCAGAAAAGCUUUAUGACAAGCUUCGAAGAGAUUGGGCAGACAGAUUUACUACGUUAGUCAACGUCACUGAAAAUGAACCGUCUGAAUCUAAUAUCCGCCAAAGUGGAAAUGUCUCAAUAACCGCGUUGCACACUGUCAUUAUGGGCUAGGCCCUACACAGGCCACGAGCAGGAUCCAUUAGAUUAACUGACAAAGUUAAGAAAUAUCUAACUGCAAAGUUUGACCCAGGGGAACAAUCAGGGCUAAAAGCUGACCCUCAGCAAGUCUCAAAUGAUAUGCGCAAGACAAGAGAUGAGCAGAAUAGAAGGUUGUUUGAACGAGACGGGUGGUUGACUAAGAGCCAA